AUGGAAAAUAAUCAUAACUCUAGAGCAGAUUACCAUUUAUCUCAAAAUCAAGAAGAAGCUAAUUCUAGUGCUCAAAAUAAUCAAAACUCGCCUAAUGAUCCUGAAGCAUCUAAUGCUAAUGAUCAAGAAGAAAAAGAUCAGAAUGAAAAUGAAUCAAAUGAGCCGCAGCAUGUGAAUAAUAAUAAAUUUGACAUCAAUGAACUUAAAAAGAACCCAGAGCUUUAUCAAAAAAUUUUAAAUGAUGCUAUAACGCUUCAAAAGGAAAAAAUAAAGCCAACAUCUUAUAUGUUUCAUUUUCGCAUUCAUUAUAAAACAUUAUUUGGAGAAAGGAUAGUUAUAGUAGGAAGCGAAGAAUUUCUAGGUAACUGAGACCCUUAUAUACAUUAAAAUGGCGACACAAGUCAGUCUGCCCUCUUGGUGCAACAGUCCAGACCUUAUGGCUAAGGCGAACUGCGAUGGACUCCGAGCUAAGUAUUAAGUGCAGGUCCAAGAGAUAUGUAUCCGGAUAGUUUUAUGCUGCUUUCUUGUGGUUAAAAAUGGAGGUGCUUAACAACGUCCUUUGGAUCCUAGACCUAUGAGCAUUCCUCUACCGAGAAACUGGGGGUUUCGGCCCAGGCCACAGUAGUCUUUUUCCUGUAGCUGUCGAAAGAAGGCUCUUUGGCACCCGACAGACUCCAAGGAUCCUUGGAAUCAAGCCAUUCCAAUCGCCUGUAGCAGGGCUUCAGAAAUGCAUAAGCACUCAAGACUGAAGUCUCAAGGAGGAGACAAAAGGUACCGGAAGUGGCAUUCAACUUUAGGGAACAACCCUCUGGGCUGGAGCCGAAAAGUGGAUGAACCUAGCGUACGGAAGGUAUUUGGUGACUGUGUCACCAAUAUGGCUAACGCCUGAAUUUAAUAACUUAUUCUAGCAUAAUUGAGAUCCUUAUAAAGGACUGGAAUUAGAAUGGUCAGCUGGAAAUUAUUGAAAUGUGUCAAUACCUAUUGGUGAAGGAGAAAUUUCAUCAAUCGAUUAUAAAUAUGUAUGCAUCAAAAGAAAUCAAUUAGUAUGGGAAGGUGGACCAAAUCGAGUGCUCAGAGUUGAAGAUGGGGAGAAAAAAGGCUCAAUUCUGGUCUUUAAUAGAGAGGACUAUUGACAAAGAUAA